AUGGCGGACGAAGGCAUUGACCGUAAGGCGGACGAGCGCAUGGAGUUCUCCACGUCCAAAGAGGUGACGGUGGCGCCAACCUUCGAGCAGAUGUCGCUCAAGGAGAAUCUUCUUCGCGGUAUCUAUGCAUAUGGCUACGAAUCGCCCUCGGCAGUGCAGUCGCGUGCCAUUGUGCAGAUUUGUAAAGGUCGAGACACCAUCGCGCAGGCUCAGUCUGGUACCGGAAAGACGGCGACAUUCAGCAUUUCCAUUCUCCAGGUCAUUGACACCGCUGUUCGCGAGACACAAGCUCUUGUAUUGUCCCCAACUCGCGAACUCGCCACUCAGAUUCAGUCCGUUCUGCUGGCACUUGGCGACUACAUGAACGUGCAGUGCCAUGCCUGCAUUGGUGGCACGAACGUAGGCGAAGACAUCCGCAAGCUCGACUAUGGGCAGCAUGUGGUCUCUGGCACACCCGGCAGAGUCGCGGACAUGAUUCGACGGCGAAAUUUGCGAACACGACAUAUCAAGAUGCUGGUGCUGGAUGAGGCCGACGAACUCCUGAACAGAGGCUUUCGAGAGCAGAUCUACGACGUCUACCGCUAUCUCCCUCCAGCCACUCAAGUAGUGGUCGUCUCCGCUACCCUCCCGUACGAUGUGCUCGACAUGACCACCAAAUUCAUGACCGAUCCCGUCCGCAUUCUCGUGAAGCGUGACGAACUGACACUGGAAGGCCUCAAGCAAUACUUCAUCGCAGUCGAGAAAGAAGAGUGGAAAUUUGAUACACUUUGCGAUCUCUACGACACUCUGACCAUCACACAAGCAGUUAUCUUCUGCAACACCCGUCGCAAGGUGGAUUGGUUGACCGACAAGAUGCGCGAUGCCAACUUCACCGUAUCCAGCAUGCACGGAGAAAUGCCGCAAAAGGAGAGAGAUGCCAUCAUGGGCGAAUUCAGACAAGGAAAUAGCAGAGUGCUGAUCAGCACUGAUGUCUGGGCACGAGGCAUCGACGUGCAACAGGUCAGCUUGGUCAUCAACUACGACUUGCCUUCCAACCGUGAGAACUACAUCCACCGCAUUGGCCGAUCUGGUCGCUUUGGUCGAAAGGGCGUGGCCAUCAACUUCGUUACUAGCGAGGAUGUUAGGAUUCUGCGCGACAUCGAACUGUACUACUCAACCCAGAUCGACGAGAUGCCCAUGAACGUGGCAGACCUGCUCUCGUGA